AUUACGCAAUCUUACAGGGGAAAUCGUUUGGGUUGCACGCUAUGGGGAGAAUACGUAGACCGAUUCAUGGAUUGUUUGACCCAAAACAACCAAGAACCUGUUAUCAUGCUUUUGAGCUUUUGCCGCCCGAGGCGCUAUACGGGGACAGUUACUGUCUCUACUGCAUUUCACGUUACCAAGAUGAUUUUCGAUGGUAAUUCUCCCGAGGUUGAAGAUUUUAGGGCAAGGUUGCCUCCACAAGUGGAUGACGGAAUGGGAAGCAUUGUUUUGAGCAAUGGAGAUUCUGGGGACCAAGGUGUCAUCAAAACAACCACUAUCAAAGAUCUUUUGGACAACAUGAAGAAGGACAUGGACCCAAACUUCCUACCGCUAGAACUUAAUCGCUUCCUUGGUCGUAAGGGUUUAUUCCAUAUAUUGUUGAAGAACGAUGUUGGGAGUCCAAGUUGGAUUGGACCGAGAACUUUCGGGGUGAGAUCUUUGGUUACCGACCCAAAGAUCUUGAGCAAGUAUGAACAUUUGGUUGUGAUUGAAGAUGAAGAAGCAGACAAAGAAAGCGAAGGUCUAUGGGCAUCUCUUGAGGAUUUGAGUCAGAAAGUGCAUGAAGUGAUUGUUUCCAAUAAUCCAAGCUCUAGCCAAAGUGUCAACUCCAAGCAAAAAAGGAUUUCCGAUCUGGACGAGAAUGAAGCCGUGAAAAGGGAGCUGUUUGAUGAAAUCUCAACAAGUGCAAGCAAGAAAAUGAAGAAGGAAACUGCUAGAGACUGAAAUUCCGACUCAUUGGGGUUGAAAAUCAAUGUUUUUUGUUUCU